CUUAUGGGGAGAAGCAGGAGCGAGCUGGAGGGAGGCAGGGCUCCGCCGUGUGACACAUGAAUCUGGGACAGCCAUACGUGGCUGGAAAAUUUGCAGUGUGGGGGCAGAGGCAUGUGGCUAAGUCAGAAAAAGAGGAAGUUAUUAUAAAUGGAGAAGAUGAAAAAGAACGGAAAGACCCGUAUUUUGUGGAAACACCUUACGGCUACCAGCUAGACUUAGAUUUUCUAAAGUAUGUGGAUGAUAUACAAAAGGGGAAUACCAUUAAGAAACUAAAUAUCCGAAAGAGGAGGAAAGCUGUACCAGUUUCUGUGAGCACUAAGAACUCUAGUGGCCAGUGCAGUGGCUGGACCUCUGCAGAGUCUCUCUCUUCAUCAAACAGUGAUGAGAACAAGCAGUCUUCUUUGGCAGCGAGGAGUCAAGUAACCUUGUCCGUCCCUGCAAGACCCUCGGUUUCCUUUGAAGUAUCUCCUACCUACUUAACUGUCCCUGAGAAUAAACAGCUUCCUCCUCCCUCCCCCCAGCCUCCUCGGCACAACCUCCUUGUAACCAAAACUCUCAUGGAAACACGGAGGCGACUGGAGCAGGAGAGGAUGAUGCAAGUCACGCCUGGAGACGUUCGCAGGCCCCGGCUUUCCAGCUUUGGAGGCAUGGGCUCCACAAGCUCCCUCCCCUCUUUUGUGGGGUCCAGUGGGUACAGUCACAUGUCUCAGCAGCUGCAGAAUGGAUAUCAGGGUAAUGGUGACUACAAUGCCUGUUUCAGCUCCUCCUUGGGCAGUUCUAUUCGUCACAGCCCCAUGAGCUCAGGAAUAUCCACGCCAGUCACCAACGUGAGCCCGGUACAUCUGCAGCACAUCAGGGAGCAAAUGGCAGUUGCCCUCAAGCGUCUCAAGGAGCUCGAGGAGCAAGUCAAGACUAUUCCUGUGCUACAGGUCAAAAUUUCAGUGUUGCAGGAGGAGAAGAGGCACAUGAUGGCUGAACUCAAAAACCACAGGAAAGCCACUCAAAAUGACACAUAUGGUUUCAGAAAACGGUCCUACAGUGCUGGAAAUGCAGAGCAGUGGGAACACAUGUCUCAGGUGAGAAGAGGUGGAGAACUGUAUAUAGAUUGUGAGGAAGAGAUGGAGAGCGUGGAGCAGAGCUCUCAGAGGAUAGAGGAAUUCAGGCAGCUGACUGCUGAGAUGCAAGCCCUGGAGAAAAAAAUCCAGGAUAGCAACUAUGAAAGUCCAGCAAACCUUCAGGUGAACCGAGAAAGUCUGACAAAAGAAGCCCGAUCCAUUGCUGUGGGUGCUGAUGAGAACAUGAAUGAUGUGGUUAUAUACAGCAGAUCUGCAAGGCAACACAAAGAAGUUGCUGUGGGGACAGAGAAAGAAAUGAGGGAGUGUGGGGUUGGGGUGACAGAGGCCAUGCUCGGAUUGUCUACAGAGGUUGAGAAAGAGAUAGAACUUCAGCAGCAGACCAUCGAAGCCCUUAAGGAGAAGAUUUACAGACUAGAGGUUCAGUUAAAGGAAACUACCCAUGACAGGGAAAUGACCAAAUUAAAACAGGAGUUGCAGGCAGCUGGUUCUAGAAAAAAGGUGGAUAAAGCCAUGAUGGCUCAGCCCCAUGUCAUCAGUAGGAUGGUGGAGGCUGUCAUAGAAACGAGAGACCAAAUGGUGGGAGACCAUGUGGAUGUUGCCGAUUCGUCAGUGGGAAACCACCUGCAGACAAGCAGCGUCGGCUCCUCCUGCAUACCUGCCAUGCGGAGCACAGCUGUGGGCCCUGAGCUGCUGAUGAGCCAGUGGCUGGUGAGGGAGAGGGCAGAGGUGCAAGAUCAGGGUACAGGGAGGUCUGUGGAGCUGCAUGAUAAGGCAGUGGGCACAGAGGCAAGUGUCUGUGAGGCAGGCGUCAACACAGAGGAGCCAGCAGAUGUGCCAAGCCCCUGCCAGAGGGCACAGGCGGUUGGAGCAGUGAGAUCCGUGGGCUGCGGGGACUGCUUGGUGGAUGUGGUGGUUUGCGUGCCCAAGGAGUGCGUGUCCCGUGAAAUGUCCACAGAAGCUGUGCCCAGGGCAGAGGCGAUGGUGAUGGCUGUGCCUUCCAUGGCUAGCCAGCAAACCAGCACUGCUUUGGAGAUGGUGAGCCAGUGCACCAGCACGGAGGUGGCCUGCCUGGCUGACUGUGGGACUAACACCGCUCUGAGCAGCUGUGAUAAACAGACCAGCACAGACAGUGUGGAGAUGCGGAGCGUGGCAGUGGGGGAUGGCCGGGUAAAGGAUAUACAUGCAUCUGCUAAAAUGCGUUCAGUUGGAGUGGGCACUGUGCUUUCUAGCCAUCCUUGCUUUGAGAAGCCCUCUGCAAUAAAAACCAAAGACUGCGGCAUUGGACAGAUAGGUGUUCAUGAGAACUACCUGGUUGGUCUGAAAAUGAGGAGCAUUGCCUGCGGACCCCCUCCAUUGCCAGUUGUGCCAACUGGCACCAGGAGCAUCGGUGUUGGUGUAGAGUCUGUGUACGAGCCGGUCAGUGGUCAGUUGGAAAGCCCUCUGCCUCCGCCUGAGCUGAGGACGGGCUUGGACCACUACAUCGAACGUGUGCAGAAGCUGCUGCAGGAACAGCAGAUGCUGCUUGCUGAAAAUUACAGUGAAUUGGCAGAAGCCUUUGGGGAGCCCCACUCCCAGAUUGGAUCUCUCAAUUCACAGCUCAUCAGCACCCUCACCUCCAUCAACUCUGUCAUGAAAUACGCCAGCACAGAGGAGCUGCGGAGCCUGGACCUUCAGAAGCAGUGCAUGGAGAGAAGCGCCACAUCAGGUGCUACUUUGGAGUACAUCCCACACAGUCAACUUGCAAACACCCACUUAACUUCAAAUUUGCGAACGCUGAAAUUGGAGCAGGACACUGUACCUGCUCAGCAGGAGAGGAAGACUCCCCUGGUGGAAACUGUUCGGGGAAGGAAGUCCUUUUCUUCUCAGGAUAAAACUCUUGCUCCAAGUAACCUGACAGAUGACCAGCUUGCCUCAGGCCUUUAUGUAUGUACUAAUAAUGAAAACACGCUUAAAUCUAUCAUGAAGAAAAGGGAUGGGAAGAAGGAUUUGAGCAACACCAAGAAGAACCUGCAGUUUGUUGGCAUUAAUGGCGGGUAUGAGACCACAUCCAGUGAUGACUCCAGCUCGGAGGAGAGCUCCUCCUCAGAUUCAGAAGAGGAGUGCGAGGGCCAUGAGUACCCCUGCGACCGGCACACAGAGGAGAAGCAGCCCGCCCCACACACUGCGGAGGUCUGUGCCGUGGGGGCAGAGAAGGACAGUCCUCUCCCAGAGUGUGAGGCCGAGGAGGUGGAAAUCAGAGAGAGAUACGAGCUAAGUGAAAAGAUGCUUUCUGCCUGUCACUUGCUGAGAAACAACAUUGAUGACCCCAAGACAUUAACCAACAAAGAUGUGAGGUUUUGUUUAAAUACCAUCCAGCAUGAGUGGUUUCGUGUCUCAAGUCAGAAGUCUGCUGUCCCUGAAAUGGUUGGAGACUACAUAACUGCUUUUGAAGAGAUUUCUCCUGCUGUCCUCAGACAUAUCAUCAAUAUGGCAGAUGGAAAUGGAAACACAGCUCUGCAUUACAGUGUCUCACAUUCUAACUUUGAAAUUGUAAAGCUUCUUCUGGAUGCAAGUAGGUUAACAGGUUUGCUUUUUUUUUUUAAUUAUUAUUGGGUUUUGCAAUUCUCACAGGUGAAAUUCAAUUGUUUUAACUGUUAACAGUUAUAUGGUGAGUCACUUGAGUAAUCUGGAAUCUUUGUUUUUAGCAUUAGCUUUUGAGAUGAUGUUUCUUGAAAAAGUUAUAAAAACACUCAGGUAAAUUAUACAGAAUUGGCCAGUGCCUGAGACUUACAGUUAGAUCCCUGAAUUUUGGACUGUAGUUCCAAGCUCAGCAACACCAGGCUCUAGCACUGGAUUUCUCUGGAGGCAGUGCAGCUGCUGUUCAGUCAGGUGUAGGGUGCUGGUGCAGGAAGAUUCACUGAGGUAUAAACAUCCAUCUUAAACACUCAGACCAGUCUAGUUUUAUCUUACUAAAGCAAUGCAAAACCUUUUUUUGGCCACCACCUUGACACAUCUAUUCUGCCUUUCUCAGAAACUGGAGCAGUAUGGCAUUCUGUCACAGAAGAGCAUUUUCCUGAUCCAUAAGCAAUGUGAUGAUGCUUCAUGUAGUUGCUUUUGUUGUUGCUUCCUUUUCUCAGUCCCCUUGCAGAGAGGGUAGUGGCCAAGGAGAGACUCCAGAGCAUCUGCUCCCCACAUGCAGUGUGCCAGAUGGCAAGCAGAAGGUAUCACAUUGGAAAUGGUCCUAGGCAGGAUGCGAUCUGUUUAAGCUCCCUCUUUGCUCCCUGAGUGAAGUUGGUUUCUCUAAACUAGUUAUAAAACCUGUCACAGUUGGUUGUAAAAGCUUAACUAGGCCAAUAACACAUCUGGAGUGUAAGCCAAGCAAUAUUCAUAAAUCCAGAAGGGUAGCAUCAGAUAAACAAGGAUAUUAAUGAUACAAAUCUCAGAUUUCAAAACCUAGCACAUCUGUCACACAUGCAGAGAUUUCCUCAGCAGCAAAGUGAGCACUUUGAAAUCUCUGGUCCUGUUUGAAGGCCCUCUUCCUGUUGGGAAGAGUGAGUCACGGCAGGGGAAUUCAGGGAAUGUCAGGAGCACAGUGAAAUGCAGCAGGCUGGCUCUGCAGCACAGCGGUGGUGGGAGGGAACUGCCCCUCUCUUCCCUAGGUAUCUCAGGGUAGCAGGAACAUGUUCAUCUCUUGCUGGAAGUCAGGACCUCCUGUAGGUUCCAGCAGCUAGUGUAUGCCUGCAGACACCAGAGGUUAACUGUAAAAUACAACAACCGUGACUAGUGCCAGGUAGUCCUCUGCGGGAGAACUGCUUGUGCCAGCACUUGGAAAAUGUUUUCAAACAGGCAGAUUCCUUCAGGUUUCAGGAGUUGUCCUCUGGACUGUGUCUGAAUGGUCAGUGUGAUCAACUUUGCAGCGUGGUUAUGUCACAGGCAGAUUGUUGGUCCAAGACUCUGUCUCUGUGUGUUUGGUGGGAAGAAAGAACAAGAUCAGAGAAUCCUCCAUAUCACGAAGCAGAGUCACCAAGAGGACAAGUAGGAGAACAGUUUUGUUCAUUAGCCAUAUAGAAAAGGAGCUGAAAUGUGACCUCAGAAAGAACGCUCUGCUGAAGUAGUCUAGUCAGGGUAGGAACACAUCACUUCCAAAAAUUAUUCAUUACUCAUGAUGUAAUGCAUGUAGCAAGAGUGUUCUGUGGCUUCAUAGAAGUGAUGUCUAAAAGUAGUAAGGUAACAUCACUGAUGUCUGUGAAACAUUAAAAAUGUACAUUUUCUUACAUCUGCACUUGUAUUGCUUCUGAAAUGUUCUUUUCACUGAAAAAGAAAAUCCUUUGGUAAUAGAUCUGUAGAAUUUCUUGGAACAUUUCUGCAAUUGUGGUGCAAUUUAACCCCUAAUCUAGAGAUACUGUUUAUGUAAGUCUGAGUCCUUGCUUUUCAAUAAGAUAAGCACACUGAAAACCCUGCUCCCUGGUAAACUCUGAUGAAUUUCUGCAGAAUUUUAGGAAGAGAGGGAGACUGGAGGUAAGAUUUGAACAAAAAGGAGAACUCUUGUCAGUUGCUGUCAUGGUCAGAGCACUUGACUGUAUUUGUUCCCAGAGUAGUUUUGUUCACAGUCAGAUACCCUGUAGAACUGGAAGCAGCCUUUAAUUUAAAGGGUUUUUUUUUGGCAACUCUAAAACAUGUUGAAGUACACUUGCAGAUUUUCAAAAUAACACCAAUUACAGGAAAAAUGUUUGUGCUGAGGAGAAAUAACUUUUCAACUGACUGUGUUGCUGAACCAUUUUUGUUUUGCAGUGUGGAUGCCCUCAGGAGAAGAGCUUAAGGACUCUCCUGAUGGUAUUUCUGGUGGCAGAACCAUGACCCUGACGGCCAUGUCAGAUUUCAGACCACUUGCUUUUACAUAAGAAAAAACAAACGUACAAAGAAAGCCCUAAAUGAUAGCAUAUAAAAUGGCUCUGUGCUCUCCCUUGUGUUAUACACAUAGUAGAAAAGAAUUCUUUUCUUUCUCAGGCUCAAGAGCUCCCCUGUUUAUUUAUUUAUUUUUUAUUUUUCCACUUUCCCUUGAAUUGCUUCCAUUAUGAAAGCAGUUGCUGCUUUUUCUUUUUUUAGGCUGCUCUACUAACAGUUUAUUCAGUUGAUUAGCACAAUUACUGCUUUUUGGGUUCUUGCUUUCCAAAGAAAUUAUGUCA